AUGGCAUCAUUCGACGCGUUUAGCAUGGAAGGCGAUUCGCCGGCGCGUGCAUUUAACGACGGUGGAUACGCUGCUUACGACGAGGGUUACGCCGCCUUCAACAUGCCUGACACUCCACCUUAUACUACGGAGUUCGAGGAGUCGGAAUAUGUGACGGUGGAUCACGUCUCGCACUCGGUGGACAGUUCCGAUCCUUUCGGAUUUGGGUCGAAUCCGGAAUCCGAAUCCGUCCCUCUCUCGAAUGGCAACGGGAAGGCACCUUAUGAUAUUGGCCAAGAUGCGGACGGAAUAUUUAUCUCUGACGGGCCGAUCCUUCCGCCUCCAACUGAGUUGCAAUCAGAAGAAGGCUUCGCUCUUCGUGAAUGGCGGAGGCAAAAUGCCAUUCGACUUGAAGAGAAGGAGAACAGGGAAAAAGAGCUACGAGCUCAAAUUAUACAAGAAGGUGAAGAGUAUAAGCAAGCUUUCUAUGAGAAGAGAAAGCUUAAUGCAGAGACAAACAAGACCACCAACAGGGAGAAAGAGAAGUUAUACUUUGCCAAUCAAGAAAAGUUCCACAAAGAAGCUGAAAAACAAUACUGGAAAGCUAUAGCGGAGCUCAUUCCCAAUGAGGUGCCCAAUAUUGAGAAGAAGGGAAGGAAGAAGGAUCAAGAGAAGAAGUCAUCAAUAAUUGUCGUUCAGGGGCCCAAACCUGGAAAACCUACCGAUCUUUCAAGAAUGCGCCAUUUAUUGGUGAAGCUGAAGCAUAACCCUCCAUCUCAUAUGUUACCACCCCCACCACCUUCGGCCAAGGACGGGAAAGUCGACAAAGACGGAAAAAAUGUCAAAAAUGAGAAAGAUGUGGGACGUAGGGCAACCGGAUCAGUGGCUAAAGAGGCGCCUAAUGCACCUGCAAAAGAGGCAACUUCUAGUGGUUCUCCGGUUGCAACUGAAGAAUCUGUUACUCCUGCCAACGACCAUCCUGCUAGCUGA